ACAAGUAAACCUUGGUUGAAAAGCUUUCAGAUGCAGAAGUUGUCUAACAAUUGGCAAUGAUAAAGCCUCCUAACAAAGGUUCUCUUGGAGACACCAGACCGGGCAGGCCUCAUUCCAAAGGUCAGUCUCAUAUGAGCAGACGUCGCAAUUACAAGCUGAUAAUAGACCCAGAAAUACACGGGAAACAGCAGGAAAAGCAAUAUCGUUUCGAUGGUCACAACGCCGGGGAUGCGCCAAUUGAGCCAAGAGAUCCACGCAAGAAAGUUCACUUUACGUUGUCUCAUGAAGUGGCAGAUCUUCCUGUUCCUCGUUUCAAGUACGACAACAACUAUGUCGGUAAAAUGCCAGAGAGGAGAAUUCUGCUCUCCAAUCUGAAUGACAACGUCAACAAGGACUUUUUGCUUGACGUGUGUAAGAAGUACGGCACCGUAGAGACCGUCAGCGUCUACUCGCAUCCGCAGUCGAAGCGCCACUUGGGAUUGGCGAGUGUUGGAUUCAAGACGUCGCAAAUGGCGCUGGAGGCAGUAGGCUGUUUGAAUGGGCGAUCUAUCAUGGGUCUUGUCGUUCUUGCACAGUUGGAUCCUACAGGUUUACUUGCAAAGCAACAUGUCGACUACCUCGUGAAUCCCAACUCUGCUCCUAGACCAUCAGCUUUACAUAAACAAGCUACGACGACAGCAUCUGUGUCGUCUGUUUUAUCUGGUUCUUCAUCAUUGAUCAGCCGGAUGGAGGUCAACAAGUCGGGUCAGUCAAAGAACCUUUCGUACAGUCAGAAGUUCUCGAUGAUGCUUGCUGGUAACCCAGAGAUUGAGCCCAUCUCACCGUCUCCGCCUCACGAUGAUACUGACACCAAGUCAGAUAGUAAGCUGCCUCUAAGUGUUGUGUCUCCACCUCCUCCUCCUCCACCACAGCCUCCACCUUCGAUCACUCCUCCCUUGCCUCCCGGAUCACCUCCCACCGGUUUGGCACUGACAAGUGUAUCAACUGAAACUAGACAGCCCAUUGCACUAGCUGAAGAUCCUCCUCCAUUACCACCUCCGAUGCCACCGCCAUUGCCUUCAGAGAAGCCGCAACAGUCUCCACCGGUCACUGUGAAUGGCAGUCUGUCUCCGUCAAUCCAUAAAGUGACAAACCGUGAACAAGAGAGCGAGAGAAAUGUGUCUGUGACCUCGCCACACAGGAAGACAUUGUCUGAAGAAAUCUGUCAACUCUCAAAUAGCAGUGGAUACAACAGCACCACAAAUGGAGUUGGAACUCCGAGCAGUGGAGACGAUCAGAGAGCAGGGAAAACAAACAGAGAGAGUGUUAGUUCUUUGCCUAAACAAAAUGAUAUAACAACAGCAACAACAGCAGCAGCAACACCAACAACAACAAACAUAAAGGAGGAUGACAGGGAAGAACAAUCAGGCGAUGAAGACAUGGAAGUGUCUUCUGGAUCUGAUAGUGAACUUCCUGAGUUUAAACCUUCUCAUCCACCUCUUCCUCCGUUACCGCCUCUUCCAUCGGAGCCACCACCUCUAUCUUUGCAUCCUCUGCUCCACUGUCCUCCUUUACCAUCAGAACCUCCGCCGCCGUUGCCGCCACUUCCACCAAAGAGUCUACCGGUUCCCACCUCUCUGCCGUCUUUACCUGUUCCUCCUUGUACUCUUCCAUCACUUCCUUCAUCACAUAUGUCGCAUCUACCUGUUCGGAUGCCAUUCUUGCCGCUCCCUCCAAGACCCGUGUAUUUUGCACCUCCAAUUAUGCCACCCAAUGCAGGCUUUGUUAGGCAUCCUCCACCAAUCAUCAAUCAGACUUUACCACCGAGAAUGCGGUUUGGAGAGCAAUCGUACAGGCCAAGGAACUUUAAUCACUACAGCUCUCGUAAUUCACCGAUUGUAGAUUCACGUCAUCAGAAACCAAACAGACAUGUGGCUAGAUCAUCUCGUUUUAUGGAAAUCGAACUGAAGGACAAAGAGAGGAUGAGGAAGAGACAUACGACAUGGUCGAUGUUAGAAGAAGGAAAGUCGCAGUUGGACAUUGUGCUGGACAAAGUAAGUGAAGCUUUAAAACUUGACAUGUUGAGUGUGCUAAAACGCGAUGUCACCAAACAACUGGAAAGAUGCAUUAUUGACAGCGUUGAGUCUUGGUGGGAAAAGAAGAUAAAAGAAGAGCGACAAGAAGAAGAAACAGAGGAAACAGACGUGAAAUCAGAGUUAGGCUCUCUUUCUCUUAGAGUUGGUGGCAUGUCAAUAAAGGUCGAUAAGCACGGACUCGUGACUUACGAACGUCUUCCUAAAAUGCCAUCUUUCCUUAAACGUUCUCUUCCUGUACAACCAGAACGUCUACCGGGAAUGGCACGGAGACAAGAUUCACGAGACAAGGGAGUGAAACGCAGUCUGACUGUCAAUGAAGAUGAAGAUGAAGAUGACGACGAGCCAUCGGCAAAAAGGAGAAUCGAAGAUGUGUGGAGUGAUGAAGACACGUCUGAUCAUACAGGGAGCGAUUCUGAGUCAGAGAGAAGUGUCAGUGCAAGUAGUGAGAGUGGAGAAGACAGUGGAAGUGAGUUUAGUGAGGAAGGCAUGGAAGAGAGUGAGUCGGAGUCGGAUGACGAAAGAGGUCCGAAUGUGGAGGAAUAUGGUAACACUAGACGGCGGUCAACAAUCGAAUCAGGUCUUGUUCGUGACGUGUCGGAUGGUCUUACGACAAAACUGCCAGUGGAAACAUCACAAAUGCCUUCUGUAAUAGAUGCUCCUUCUGUAAUGACGAUGCCUUCUGUAGUGGCAACGUCUUCUGUAAUAGACAGUCCUGCUGGAGUGGCAACGUCUUCUGUAAUAGACAGUCCUGCUGGAGUGGCAACGUCUUCUGUAAUAGACGUUUCGUCUGCAGUAGAAGUGACACAGUCGACUGUAACGAUGGACACAACAGUAUCUCAUCAUGUGCCAACUCUUCAACCAGUUCCUGUACCAUCUUCAUCAUUUUUUGUGCCUGGUCUUACUCUUGCUUUGCCAUCAUUGUCAUCUUUGCCUCCAUUGUUACCACCAUCAUCAUCUAUGGUUUUGGUCAUUCCAACAGCGCACAUGACUUCCAGACAGCAGCCAAUUGUACCAUCAGACAGAAGACAUAGAGAAGAAGAAGAGUCUAAGGGCAGGGCAGACAGUGGAGACAGAGAAGCAAGCAGCAGAGGAAGAGAAAUCCAUGCUGUUGAAUUGCUAGACAGUAGAGAGAAAGACAUAAGUAGUCAAGAGAUAGAAGUAAGCAAUAGAGAGAAGUAUGGUGAAGCAACGGCCAUUGUAGAGAAUGACACAGAUGUUAUUACAGUACAUGAACCAGCAGUGGAUGAAUCUACUGUUUAUAGUGGCAAAGUCAAAGAAGACCAAGCCAAUCACAUCAUUUCGCCUCCGUCUCCUAAACCACAGUACAACCACAGAACCGCUGAAGAAGACACAAGAAUUUGUCACCAGUUCUUCAAGGAGUUGGAUGACGAAGACAGGAAGAUGAUGAGAGCAGCAUUUUCUCAACUACAAGAAGAGAAAGACCCGAAUGUUGAGAACACACAAUGGUCAUAUCACCCACCGUUUCCUCAAUCUUCCGAUUUUAUGUUUGAUGAGUGGACUGGUGGUGCCUACAAGAGGCAUGAAACUGGAUGUGCUCGUUGUGAAGGCUACUACAAGAUCUCACAUAUCGAGAAGAGGAGAUAUCUGAAGCGAGGCAACACAUCAGACAAGGAGCAGGGCAGCCAGCAGGAAUCGGAGAAGGCAAGACAUCUGUCAAGAGUAAAUAGAGUUCAGUUUAGACGAGUGGCUGCAGAAUUUGGAACAGCAACAUCGUUAAUAUCCCUCAAUCAAUUGGAUAUCCGAAAGAAAAUGCUCAAAUUUGCGAGGUCAGGUAUCCACGGUUGGGGUCUCUACGCGCUUGAACACAUCGCCGCGGACGAGAUGGUAAUAGAAUACGUGGGAGAAGUUGUACGAAACGAAGUUGCCGAUCGACGAGAGAAACAGUAUGAACAGAAAGGGAUGGGCAGCAGCUACAUGUUCAGAGUAGAUCAAGAAUACGUCAUCGAUGCAACACACAGAGGUAACUUUGCACGAUUCAUCAAUCACUGCUGCGAGCCCAACUGUACUGCAAAAGUCAUCACCGUUGGCUGUCAAAAACGAAUAGUGAUUUAUUCGAAGAGAGAUAUUCAUGUAAAUGAAGAGAUUACUUAUGACUACAAGUUUCCAUUGGAGGAAGAUAAGAUCCACUGUUUAUGUGGAGCUCCAGGAUGUCGUGGCUCCCUUAACUAAAAUUGUAAUUAGCAGCUAUGAUUUCAUUAUUUUUCUAUUUGCGCAGUAACUUUCCUUAUAAGUUGCACUAGAAGCACACAGAAGUUUCAGUAGAACUGUGGGCAUUCAAGU